AUGGUAAUUCAUAUAACCAUUCAUACCUUGGCUUUUGCCUUUGGCCUUCUAGGUAAUAUUGUAUCAUUCAUGGUGUACCUGGCUCCAGUGCCCACCUUUUAUAGGAUUUAUAAGAAGAAAUCCACAGAAGGAUUUCAAUCAAUACCAUAUGUGGUAGCAUUACUGAGUGCCAUGUUAUGGAUAUACUAUGCGAUGCUCAAGAACGAAGGAGCUAUGCUUGAAACCAUUAAUGGCAUUGGAUGCAGCAUAGAAGCCAUAUACAUAACCAUCUACCUGGUUUAUGCACCCAAGGAGGCAAGGGUCUUUACAUUGAAGCUGCUACUACUUUUGAAUGUUGGAGCCUAUGGACUGAUCUUACUGUUAACCUUCCUACUUACCAAUGGUUCAAGGCAAGUUAUGGUUGUGGGAUGGAUCUGUGCUGGCUUCUCCAUCAGUGUAUUUGCUUCUCCUCUUAGCAUCAUGAGGCAGGUGAUCAGAACAAAAAGUGUAGAGUUCAUGCCCUUCUUAUUGUCCUUCUUCCUCACCCUCUGUGCAGUCUUGUGGUUCUGCUAUGGUUUGUUGAAGAACGAUUUAUAUAUAGCAAUACCAAAUGUGUUAGGAUUUGCAUUUGGAAUCACUCAAAUGAUCCUCUACAUGGUCUACAAGGACACAAAAAAGGACUUCAAAUGUGAAGUGAAGCUGCCUCAGUUGAACCCCAACAUCAAUUCCAUCACCACAGAAGAACUGAAGGCACAACCAAGAGGCGAUCAACCACAGUACAAUGAAGCGAACCGCCAGAUGGGCAAUGCCGCACCGGCCGAAUUCAAUGUGUAG